AUGGCACCUUUUAGACAAGAAAGCUACUUUGUUGUUUAUCCCGGUUCUCAAAGAACAUUGGUUCAAUUUGGUAUUCGUGAAGAGACAUUUCAUCUCCCACAACUAGAGAUUCCAACGGAAGUUUACCAAAAAGAUGGGAAAUUCUUCAGCAAGAAUUAUGAUGGUGAUUGCCAAGUUGUGAAACCUAUAAAAGACGGCAAGAUCCAAGAUUUGAAUGCGUUACUCUUUUUUUUGAAGCUCAUCUACAGAUCGAUUCUCGCGGAAAAAUCUGGAGGUGGAGCGAGAUCCGACGUAUUUGAGACAGAAUUGGCUAAUAUACCUAUGCUUUUGAUAAGCAGUGUGCAUUGGACGCAGUCACAAUUGGAAAGAAUCACGCAGUUUGUCUUUGAACAGUUGCAAAUCAAUAAUUUCAUGUUUUUGCCCUCUCCACUUGCGACGUCUUAUGCACUGGGUUCCUUGCAAAAUUGCAUUGUAAUCGAUAUACAUGCCAGCGGGACUGAAGUGGUGCCUAUAAUGGACUACGUGCAAUUAACGCAUUUAAUGACGAACAUAAACGUGGGCGGAAACAGCAUUAACGAAGAUCUCGCGAAACUGCUACCGCAAUGGGACGCAGAUCGCAUUGAGGAUUUGAAAAGAUCGCCAAUUUUUGAAGUCUUAAGUGAAGACGCCAAACAGAGCUCUGCGUUUGAUUUUCAAGAGGGAGUCGACGAAGGCGCCUUAGAUGUGGCCGCACUGGUGACAAGCGACCGUGAUACGCGUGAGCUCUUGGAAGAACGCGAGCGCAAAAAGGCCCAAGACCAAGUGGGCAACGCUCAGCGCGAAACCAAUACCUUUACGGAUAGAUCAGGGCAACAGGUCGUGAUCGGGAAACAGAGAUUUCAAGGUUGCGAUGUGCUCAUCGGCAAAAUUUCCACUGCAGUGGGGCUUGCAGCCUCUCAAAUUGAUGAUUUCCACAAGCUGAGAGCCAUGUGGGAAAAUGUGAUGAUCGUCGGAGGUACAAGUUCUAUACCUGGCUUCAAAGAAGCGCUAUUGCAUCGGUUGUGUGUCGAUCAUUUGGUGCAAGAGCCCCAGGAGGAAAAACAGAAAAGAGAGCAAGAACUUAUGUCUCAAGCUGCGAACAAGAGAAAGACCAAGUUCUCGAGCAGUUUCGUAAACGCUAUCGACUACGUUCAGAUUCCGUCUGUAAUCAAAAUUGCAAAAUAUCCGGAAUAUUUCCCCGAAUGGAAGAGACACGGGUUUUCAGAAGUACCAUUUCUAGGUGCACAGAUAGUCACCAAACAGGUUUUUGGCCAUUCAAAUGAGAGUUUUUACGUCACCAGGGAUAAAUACGAGAAGAAAGGUCCCUCUGCAAUCUGGGAUGUCACUUUUUGA